UAGACGUACCCACGUGUCGAGUUUUUUAACACAGAUGCUUUCUCUCGCUCGAAGAAGAAAGAGGGGAUGUUUUCGUCCCCUGUUGAAGAAGAAGGUAUUUUUAUUGGGUUUUCUGUAACAUCAGAUGGCACAAAGACGUCGUGUAAAACACUCACAAUCACGUGAACAAACGAAACUGCAGCCAAAACUUAGUGAAUGUCUCCAUGGUGAUUCACCCAAAGCUCCACCCACCAAUCAAGAAAAAGGAAGAGAGGGUAGGAAGAGAAGGAGGAGAGAGGUGGGGAGAACGCCAAAGAAGAAGAUGAAAAAGUCAGAACUGGGUGCUGAAGAAGGGAACGGAAUGGAGGUAGACGAAUCUGGAAUCGAGACUGUGACGGGAAUGGAGGCGUGGCAGGAAAUGGGUGUACCCCUACCAAUUAUCCGGGCACUGAAAGACCUCGGGUUCACGUCGCCCACGGAGAUACAACAACAGGCCAUUCCCGUUGCCAUGAACACCACUCGUGAUGUCAUAGGAGCUGCUGAAACAGGCUCUGGAAAAACACUCGCAUUCUCCAUUCCAAUUCUGAAUUACAUCAUCACAAAUGACGCCCGGGGCAAACUACUCAGGGAGAAAAGAGGCGAUGUCACGAUGACAUCGCUGAAAAAUCGCGAACAGAAGAAGAAAUUGCAAGAGGCGGAAGUUAUUGAUCUCAACCUCGUGUAUCAUGACGAGCAAGAUGAGAAUGAUGAUGAUGAAGAAGAUCACGAAAGAGAGGGACAAUCUGAAAGUGAAACUGAAAGCUCGUUAGGUGACAAUAAUGAAGGGGCUUCGGUCGAAGAAAGGGGUUUGGUCACUUCUCUGGAUAAUAUUCCGGAAGAUGUCUUUCUAAAAAUGAUCACUGAUAAUGAUGUCACGAUUACCUCAUCGGAAACACGUUCACCCACUUCCAAUUCACGUGAUGAAGGGUCACAUGAUCCAUGUGAUGAUGUCACAGAGUCACAUGACCAGGCAAAGCUCCUGGCCCUCAUCCUCACACCUACCAGGGAGCUGGCGUUGCAAAUCCAGCAUCACAUUCGAGCCGCUGCAAAAUACACCGGAAUAAAGGUUAUUUUUAGUAUCACACAUUAUGUCAUUGUGUACUGCACACAAAUAUGUAUAUACCAUUAAUGCGGGAAUAUACCAUUACUAUAGCGGGAAUGUACCAUUACUAUAGUGGGAAGCUACAAGUAUUCGUAUGUAGUAGUUGCGAACUUUACUACGGGGGCUCCACUGUGUAUUUUGUGGAGACACUUUGUAGUGUGUAUUAGCCAAACGUAGUCAUGAAAACGGGUCAGCGACGUGUUUAGAUUGAGACAUGUCUGUGUGUGUAGCGGGGUCAGGACAGCUUGUCUUGUUACGCAUGUAUAGGUGUGUGUCCUGGUGGGAGGAAUGGCGGACGCGAAACAGGAGCGAAUGCUGAGUCAGAGCCCGCCAAUCGUCGUGGCAACACCGGGUCGACUCUGGAAACUAAUGAGUGAGGGGCACCCCUACCUAACGAGUCUUGAUUCCAUACGGUACCUGGUACUGGACGAGGCAGACAGGAUGAUCGACUUCGGUCACUACCACGAGUUGUCGUGGAUACUGGAGCGAGUCAACAAGGGGGCGGAGUCGGGGGCGGGGCCUGGAGUAGAAGGGACGCGUUGCCAACGACAACAGAUGUUUGUAUUCUCGGCGACUCUCUCCCUUCCACGGAGGUCAAGCGAGAAGAAGUCGAAAGUUAGACGACGGAAGAAUCUGAGCGGUCAAGAGACCAUUGAAAACCUUAUUUCUCAAGUUGGUCUGAGGGAAAAUGCGGCCAUUAUCGACGUCGCCAGGGCAACGGGCACCACGGAAACGCUCUCUGAAAUGAAAAUCAUGUGCUCCAGUGAAGAGAAAUUUCUCUAUCUCUACCAUUUCCUACUCCGCUACAAAGGAAGAACACUCGUAUUCGUCAACUCCAUUUCGACUCUCCAGAAACUGCGUUCUCACCUCGAACUGCUGCAACUCCAUCCUCUACCUCUCCACGCCAGAAUGCAGCAGAGACAGCGGCUGAAGAAUUUCGAUCGGUUUACAAGCUGUUCUGAGGGAGUUUUGCUGGCGUCUGACGUGGCCGCUCGUGGGCUGGACUUCCCUCAUGUUCAUUACGUCAUCCACUACGAUGUUCCAUUAAACUCGGAGCUGUACGUCCACCGAAGUGGUCGGACAGCUAGGGCCCAGAGGGAGGGGCUCAGCCUCAUUCUGAUUGGUCCAGAGGAGAUGACAUCAUACAAAAACAUCUGCAAGUCGCUCAACAGAGAGGGGCUCCCUUCGUUUCCAAUGGAGACGGGUUAUCUACAAGCCCUUCGUCGCAGGGUCAGUGUUGCUAGGAGACUAGAGGCAACUAUUCAUCGCAGAAACAAGAGGAAAAGGGACAAUGACUGGUUGCAGUCCACGGCCCAUGCCAUGGAACUGGAAUUGGACCAGGACUGGUAUGGAAUGGGGACGGACAAACCCACCUCACAGGAACUGGAUAAAGAGGAAGAAUUGAAGUCGGAGUUGAAGAGAUUACUAGAAAUUCCGAUCAUUCCUCGCUCCGUUUCCAUGACGUAUCCGACGCAGGACGAAAAACACCAACUGUUGAAAAGCAUAACAGGGGCUUGGGGUGGUGAUAGAUCGAGGCAGAUAAUCACCACGGAGACGGAGGACGCAUUGAAAUUGGCGAAAAGGGUGAUUUCAAAAACUCACAAAACACACAAAUCACAUUAGAGAUGGUAUAUACAUUUUGUAUAAUAUACACGCAGUAUGCAUGCACAUGAGUAAUAUUAUUGUGAAUCAUAAUAUAAAAAGAAAGCAUAGUUUUAUAUAGAGCGCAGAUCACAUCAAUGCACAGUGCACACUUCACCCAAACUGUUG